AUGCAAAGACAAUUUUUUAUACAGAGUCAGAGGUCCUGUGGGAAGAUGGCGGAUUGUGAAGUUCAGAAAUUAACUGAUGAGGGUGUUGUUGAUGGGAAGGCCAAUCGGAGGAUGAUUCAUACUACAGCCCAAAAAUUAACCAUGAAAAAUUACAAUGAUUAUGAUUUAAAAAUUGGCCUGGGCCUCCCCAACAUAAGAUCUAUAAUGUCAAAGUAUGAAAUGGUGUGUGAUAUAAUUCGUGGAGAAUUGGAUAUUUUUGUAUUAACUGAAACAUGGCAUGGGUCGUCAGAUGAGUUUGCUGUUCGAUGCGCGAUGCCCCCUGGUUGUAAGUUUGUAGAUUACGUUAGACCUCACGAUCCAUAUCAUGGCGGAAUUAUAAUUUAUUUCAAGAAAGAGUUCAUUUAUAAACCUGUUGAGUUACCCGCCGUGAUUACUUUUGAAGCUGUUGCAAUUAAAUUGAGAGUAAACAAAUCUGAUUUUAUUUUGUUAUCAAUUUAUAGACCUGGAUCGGUUCCUCCUUCACCAUCGUUCUUUUCAGAGUUAGCGAAUGUUUUAGAAGUUUUAUCACUGUUAAGUGAGGAAAUCGUUGUUGCGGGAGAUUUUAAUGUUUAUAUGGAGAGGAAAGAUGAUCCAAACACAGUCUCAUUGAAUGAUGUUUUCGAUUGUUUUCAGUUGGUUAACAGAAUUAACGAACCAACGCAUGAAUUAGGUGGUGUUUUGGACUUGAUCGUUACUUUUUGCUCUUUUCCUAUCUUUAAUAGUUUGAUUUUUCCCAGUGGAGUGUAA